AUGAGAUUAUUUGCUGCUUCUAUUUUGCUAAUUCUAACUAUUACUAAUGUAUCUGCUGAAGCAACAUAAAAGGUUGAAUAAUGCACUAAAACUGCUAUGACUGCUGCCUAAACACUUUGCUAAUAAAAUGACUAAGAUUGCCUUACUGCCUUACAAACUAUUAGAAAUUGUUUUAACACAUGUGGUUCAGGUCCUGAUUAAAGUGAUUCAGCUGUAAUUAAGUGUGCUAAAACUACCUGUACAACAAGUAACAAAGCUGUUUAAACAUGGGCAAACAAUUAUAUUUCUUGUGUUUACUUAGAAAAACUCUCACUUAGCUUACUAUUGUUAGCUAUAUUUGCCAUUGUUAUUUGA